CAUCUGGGAAGCAUUUGGUUUCGAGAAAGGGAGCAAGCUGUGUUACUCAUGUAGCGUCCAGGACGUUGUACCUCCGUCUGUAGCCUUUUUUUUUUUUUACCCCCUUUGACUUUAACAAAAGUUGUUGCAAAUUUCCACGAUUUUUAGCCUAAAACCCCGACGACACAAUGUCUUUCAUCCCAGGACAGCCGGUGACUGCUGUUGUGCAACGAAUUGAAAUCAUGAAGUUGCGACAUGGAGAUAAUCUAAUCCUGGGCUUCAGCAUCGGAGGAGGGAUUGACCAGGACCCAGGGCAGAACCCUUUCUCUGAGGACAAGACUGACAAAGGCAUCUAUGUGACCAGGAUAACACCAGGAGGACCAGCACAUGAUGCAGGCCUGAGGAUGGGGGACAAAAUAAUGCAGGUGAACGGCUGGGAUAUGACCGUGGUGACCCACGACAAGGCUCGUAAACGACUCACAAAGAAGGAUGAGGAUGUGGUACGGCUACUGGUAACCAGGAAGUCGUUGGAACAAGCUGUCAAACAAUCUAUGGGCGGUUGCCCCAGACCGUAACGUAGUGGCACUUCUGAUAUCCACAGACUCAUGCAAUAUCCAAGGACUGAACACUCUCAUACACAAAGACUCACACAAACUCAGAUGAUAGUGGCCUUUAUAACUACAUGACUAAAAAUAUAUUUCAUGGAUCACACACCAGCGUUCAAAGUUCUUACUCGUUGUGUUUAUUGUCACCGUACACACACAAACUCACUUUGGUCAUCUGCUAUAUCUCUAACAAAAGGAGAAAUCCCAAACAGUUUUCAGCUCCACAAGUUUCAUAUUGUAUUGACUUCUGUUAACCAUCUGUUAACCAAUACAUAGCGAGAAGGACUGACCAGGAUUAAAUAAAUCCCCAAUUUUGCCGAUUUAAAAAAAAAAAAGAUAUAUUAAAAGUAUUAUUUCAGGACAUGAGGGCUGACCCAUUAUUGCAAAUGUUCCCAUCAAUUACUGUUUUUUUAUAUUUGAACAUUGGUGGACUGUAAGAAGUCUUUGGAAAAUCUUUCAUAAAAGCUUUUAUGGUCCUUUGAUUUAUUCCCAGGAGAUGUUUGCUACAGGUCUUCAAUCCUCGAGGCACAUUUGUAUUCAGUCUUGAUGCAAGGUAUUGGAAAUCUUUGUGAGGAAAAUCUCUGAUCCCUUUGUGCCUACAGCUGACCAAAGUUAGCCUUCAUGGUUUUUAGACACAUCAGUGAAGGGAACUGCUGUUAAUAAUAGUAUUGAUCAACUUUCCAUCUGCAAUUGUGUGUUCAAUUUAGCUGUUAUUCCUGUAGAGGUUACAGCGUCAUAUGCCAAAGUAACAGCUAAGGCACAGUGAAAUGAUCCAAAUAUGUAAAGCCGUGUUUGUGUCUGUCCUGUGUGAGUCCUUUCAUACAUACUCAUGUCUUUUCACUACAUUGUCUUUGUAAUGAUGAUUCUUUCUAUAUAUCUUUCUGUUUGUUGAUUUUUAUGACUCUGUAGCAACUUUUCAUUUCUUCCUCUUUGUGUUUGCAAGAGCUGAAGAUAUGACAUCAGAUGUAAACUACAUACAUUCUCACAAGUUAAACUUAUCACGACUUGUGGAAGCAUUCCACGAAGCUACACCUUCCUUUUGGAUAUAAUAAAUCUUUCAUAGUCAGUACUUUGACUCUCCAGCAUGACAUUUAUCACGUUUAGUAUGCUAAAGUUUACGAUUUGCUGUUUUGAUUCAAACAAAGCCGAUAGUUUCACACUGGAGUAGCAGCUGCAGACUGUCUCAGAGUGUACAUUUUUUGGAAGGCAUGACCUGUCAGAUAUCAAAAAUCAGUUUUUUGAUGAAUGUGCACACAGCCUUAAAGGAAUACUUCAAAUCGCUAAAGUUAAAUUGUACCUAGAGUUCUGUUCCACAAUGAUUUACUGCCUCACAUACAUGCUGUUAAACCUCGCAGAACAUAUUGACAACUAAACAUAAACAGUAUUUGUUUUUUUGUUGACAUUUUUUAUUAAAAUGUUAAUUUC